GAACUUUUUUAUUAUUGUUUCUUUCUCUUUCCAUUACAAAUUAAGAAACCAUCAUGAAUACUGAAAUGAUCCCUCAUCAACCUAAGGCUGGUGUACUUAUGAUUCGUGUAUGUGAAGCGAGAGGCAUCACUUUGCCACAAGGCGCAAAAGUACCAGACAUCACAGAUCCUGUACCAGUCCUUCAACGAAACAAACGCGAAUCAAUGAAUCGAAAGCAGUUUUGGUGGCUACCUUACGUUGUCUUGGAAUUCGAUAAAAACGAACUCUUGAUUGAUGCCCUGGGUGGUGAUCCAUCCCAUCCUAUCUACAACUACAAGGCCAAUUUUGAUGUGUCCCAUUAUUCACAUGUAGCCAUGUCUUUUUACCUUAGACAAUUACCACACCACACAUCAAGGGACUCGAAUGAUUUGUUCUUGGGCACUGUUAAAUUUCAACCAAAUUUUGCUUCUACUCAUCUAGAGAAUUAUGUGUUUCCCAUUGUGGGUGGUACAGGCGCCAUGUAUGUUCAACUGUGCUAUUUCCCCUCACAACAAACAAAUCAGAUCUCAUUUCAUUCGUUUGAUCUCUUGCGUGUCAUUGGUCGAGGCAGUUUUGGUAAAGUGUAUGUGGUUCGCAAAAAAGACACCAAUCGAAUCUAUGCUAUGAAAGUGUUGCGCAAAUCCCGUAUCAUUUCUCGAUCAGAAGUGACUCAUACCAUGGCAGAAAAAACAGUGCUGGCCAAAGUGCGCAAUCCGUUUAUUGUGCCACUCAAAUUUGCCUUUCAAAGUCCCGAUAAACUAUAUUUGGUGUUGGCCUUCAUUAAUGGUGGAGAACUCUUUCAUCAUCUUCAAGCACAAGGACGGUUUAAUGAAGAACGGGCUCGAUUCUAUGCUGCCGAGCUAUUUUGUGCACUUGAGUGUCUCCAUGGAUUUAAUGUUGUGUAUCGUGAUCUAAAGCCAGAGAAUAUCUUGAUUGACUAUAAUGGCCAUAUCGCAUUAUGUGAUUUUGGUCUCUGUAAACUGAACAUGACCGAGUCUGAGAGAACAAACACUUUUUGUGGCACCCCAGAGUAUUUAGCUCCAGAACUGCUAUUGGGCCAAGGUUAUACAAAAACAGUGGAUUGGUGGACCUUGGGUGUUUUGUUGUAUGAAAUGUUGACAGGAUUACCACCCUUUUAUGAUGAAAAUACAAACGAAAUGUACAGAAAAAUCUUACAGGACGAAUUAAGGUUCCCUGAAGAUAUGUCAAAUGCAGCACAAAGUCUUUUAAGAGGUUUAUUGACGCGAGAUCCAACCCUGCGUCUGGGUAACCGAGGCACAGAUGAAAUUCGAUUUCAUCCAUUCUUUCAAUCGAUUGACUGGAUCAAACUCAUGCGUAAACAGCUACAACCUCCUUUUAAGCCUUCAGUAGAAAGUAUAUAUGAUACAACUAAUUUUGAUGAUGAAUUUACUUCUGAACAGCCUGUUGAAUCAUUGGCCGCUGAUGAAGACUCGCAUAUCUCUAAAACCAUGCAAGAACAAUUCAAAGGAUUUACUUAUAAUCCUGACGGUGUCAUGACAGAUAGUUACAAUAGUCAUCAACAGACUUCUAAUCUACAACAAACACCUUCUUCAAGGUGGUGAAAAAAUAAAAAAUAAAAAAUAGCUCCCCUUUUCUUUUU